AUGAUUCCAGAAAAUUCUCCUGUACAACAGACAGUGGGGUCGACAAGCAAACCUUCGCUCUCAGACGAGCGCUUACCUCGGCUGUACUAUGAAAACUUCCAUGUCGCCCAUCCGAUCUUGGUGCCCAGCUCCUUGUAUCAUGACCGCAACUACCCUCAUUUUCUACAGCUAGCAGUGCACUUUGUGGGGUCCCAUUAUGUUGCGUCCAUUCCGAGUCAGCCGUACAAGGAUCAAGUCCUUGCUGAGCUGAAGACCAGCCCUGACCGGUCGGUUUCCAUGGUCCAGGCAUGGCUCCUCUAUUCCAUUGCUUUGUACGCCCGGGAUGAAUGGACAGAGGCGCAAGAUGCCCUUUCUCACGGCAUCGAUAUUGCCUUGGAGCUUGGGAUGAACCGUUGGUCAUUCUCUUCAACCGCAAACGCCGAAACCUCCAUUGAGGCCGAGAGCAUAAGGCGAACGUGGUGGGAACUCUAUGUCACCGAUAUCUUCAUGGCCGUUCCACUCAAGACAACGACAUUCCGAUGUAGCACUGUGCCCCCGGAGGUGGCAUUGCCGUGCGAAGAGUCAACAUAUAACAUUGGGUGUGAUGUUCCGAAACCACGGAAUAUCCUCGAGUUCAAGCGUAGGAUCCUGGCUGCAGAAGAUACGAUCUUUUCAUCCUUCAGCUACCGCAUCGAGGCCACGACAAUAUUGUGCCGGGUUCUUGUCCUGAAUCGACUGCGUGACUGCCACCGCGAUCAUCUCCAGGCUGUCGAAAAUGCUCUCGUGAGCUGGAUCAACCACCUCCCGCCCAAAAAGCUCGACAUCGUCGAUUCGUACGGUAAUGUCGACGAAAUGAUGUUCCAAGCACACUUGACGAUAGCCUACGCCGCCAUGCUCCUACACCUACCCCGCAGCGACCUCCCAACAGUCCUUUCCCAGUCUCAGCCAGAUGAUCGCUUCUGGCCCGGCCUGACAGGGCAACUCUCCUCAACAUUCACACGUCUCGUCCACAGCAUUAAAGCAACAGAGGCCUCACGACGGAUCUCGGAUGCCAUAUCCGUCUGCCCGAACGUCUCAAAACACACCCCCUUCAUCAUCCCCGCCUUGACCCUCUGCGGCCUCAUCCAACUCGCCACAUCGACCAGUCAUUCCGAGGAAUGCUUUGAUCAUCACUGCAACCGCGUGACACUCAUUCUGGGCUGUCUCAAGAGCACCCAGCGAACAUGGAAACUGGCCGAGUCGCUAUACCAUGGUCUGCGAUCCUCUGCAGCAGACGUCUUGUCAGAUUCAAUGGCGAAAUGGAACGCAGAGCCAUUCCAGCGCUCCACUCCUGCAGCCACGACGCCUAAUGAUCAAGAACGACCCGGCUCGGGUGCGAAUCAAGCGCCUAGCAUGCCAGACGGACAUGAUUUCAUGCCGCCGGAGUUUUGCCCGGCUUUCAUCGAUCCGACGUGUUACAAUACUUCGUUUUUCAGCGCUAUUCCUGACUUUGAUAUCAAUUAA